AAAGAGUGGGAGGUGGGAAUAAACUAGCCCAGUGAGAUCUGCAAACAUGUCUGGCAAGCCAGCAUGCAUUGCAGAUUUUGAGGAGUAUGCUAAAACCUUUCUGCCCAAGUCCGUGUACGAUUAUUACCAAUCCGGAGCGGAUGACCAGGAAACCCUGGCAGAUAAUGUCGCAGCGUUUUCCAGGUGGAAGCUGUACCCCCGGGUGCUCAGGGACGUGUCGGUGAUGGACCUGUCCACCUCUGUUCUGGGGCAGAGGGUCGCCAUGCCCGUGUGCGUCGCCGCCACCGCGAUGCAGCGCAUGGCUCAUCCGCACGGAGAGACGGCGACCGCCAGGGCCUGCCAGGCCGUGGGGACAGGGAUGAUGCUGAGCUCCUGGGCCACCUCUUCCAUCGAGGAGGUGGCCGAGGCGGCUCCAGCCGGCCUUCGCUGGCUGCAGCUGUACGUGUACAAGGACCGGGAGGUCACGGAGUCGCUGGUGAGGCGCGCGGAGAGAGCCGGGUACAGAGGAAUCUUCGUCACCGUGGACACCCCGUACCUCGGCCGGCGCGUCGCCGACGUGCGCAACAAGUUCCAGCUGCCCCCACACCUCAGAUUAAAAAACUUUUCCAGCAAUGACCUGGCAUUUUCCUCGGGGAAAGACUUUGGAGAGAACAGCGGCCUGGCUGUGUACGUUGCUGAGGCCAUUGAUGCCAGUGUCAACUGGGAGGACAUCAAGUGGCUCCGGGGGCUGACCUCACUGCCCAUCGUGCUGAAAGGGAUCCUCAGGGACGAUGAUGCCAAAGAAGCUGUGAAGAUUGGGGUAAAUGGGAUCCUGGUGUCAAAUCAUGGAGCACGACAGCUUGAUGGGGUCCCUGCUACUAUUGAUGUCUUGCCUGAAAUCGUGGAGGCUGUGGAGGGGAAGGUGGAGGUGUUCCUGGAUGGUGGUGUAAGAAAAGGCACGGACGUUCUCAAGGCACUGGCUCUUGGUGCCAAAGCUGUUUUCAUUGGGAGACCUCUUCUCUGGGGAUUGGCUUAUCAAGGUGAAGAAGGAGCAAAAGAAGUUCUCCAGAUGCUGAAGGAAGAGUUUCGCCUGGCAAUGGCACUGACAGGAUGCCGGAGAGUAGAAGAAAUUGGCAGGACACUGAUACGAAGACAUCGAGUAUUGUUUUCCAAGAUUUAGGUCUGAAGACUCUUGCCUUGUGCAUUGCCUGUUGUGCUUCCAGACAAAAUCCAACUGCAUUCCCUCUGUGGGCCUCAUCCUGCAAUCCUGAUUGAGGGAACGCUCUGCUCUGUAGGAGGUCACUUGUUGAAGAGAGGACUCGAAGUAAAUUUUACAGGUGUUUCCAAAUCUCUCAGGCUCUUAAGGAAAGCUGCUCCACUGGGAGGUGUGAUUAGAGAUGGGUCUUUAUACAAGACCAGUGUAGAAACUUCAAUGUGUUUUGCAAAAAAUGCUGAUAUUAAUUUCCAUGCCUGGGACUAAUUUAGCUGUUAAAAUGAAACUAUAAACACAAAUGCUUUGAUAGCAAACAGAAAUGCUGAAAUUUAAAAUGCAAAAGAUACUUCUUGCUCACUGUUUAGAGAAACUGGACUGUAGAUUGCAGAGAUUAAAUCUUGCUUUCCUAUAACAGAGUGUCCUUUCCCUAGUGACUCUGUGCCAGGACUUUAUAAGCAUCUGGGCUUGUGGCACGUAGGCUGUAGGAGCCCAAGGGGCUCUUUGUUGUAAGGAACUAAAGAACAAAGCAAAAUUGGGGGAAAAUGAGGAAAUUCUGCUGUUUAAGUAGCACAAACCCCUCUGCAAUCAGACAACUGUUAUGCAUGUGCAUUGGAUGUAGGUCAGAUCCUUAGGUAAUGCAAAUCCCUGUAGCCCAAACUGUGCCACCUGCAUCCACCUGGAGCUCUAAGUCACAUUUUUCACCUGGGUUGAUUUGCUAAUGGUGGCAAGGGAAGACUGAUGCUACCUGAGAGAGUUUGUAGAAUUUGCAGCCAUGUACAAAAGGGACACUUGAAUAACUGAGGCAUUAACCCAUGACUUGGGAAGAGCCUAAUGGCUCUAUUUAGUUUCCAUGCACACCCUCAAGUCAGAUAAAUCUUAGUGUUCUUCACUCUGCUUAUGAUGAGAAUGCAGAGACACGCAGGAUCUGUGCCUCUGUUCUCUAAACAAUCCAAAUAGCCACUGAAUUCAGGAGAAAUUUUGCAACUGUAAAGAACAAAGGAGGUAAGAAUGUACUGUUCUCAUCUUGGGUAAAACCAAGGGUAGCUCUUCACCUGUCUCACUUCCCUUGCAGGUAUGGCAGUUUUACAGGGAGCAGGGAGAGAUCACACAAGUUUUGAAUAUCUUGCUGUGAAAAUUUAAUGUUCAUUUUUAUGGAAGACUAGAAAAGAGAAAAACCCCUUAAUUUCAUGGUUUCACUGACAUCACCAGCUCCACCAUUUGUUUCCCAUCAGCCUCAGAAGGACUUGUGCAUUCUGACUCUCCUGCUUUGCAGGGUUUGAAAUAUCCCUUACUGAGCUUUAGAGGCAGCUUUGUAAUGAAAUGAUGGAAUAUUAUAAUGUGAACUAAAGCUGGGGCUGGAACUUGAAAUGGGGAGAAAACCCAAAAGGCCACAUGCUUGCCCUCCAGUUGUAAAAGCUGUAUUCUUAUUUACUGCAGAAUGUGGUCUGUUGUGUGAGAGUUGCGUAGCAACAAAAUAAAGUUUAUCUGUGCAAGGAAAUAUGAAUGUUUCUCAGAGCACAGAGAAGCAUAAUUUCUGCUGUUUACUGCACUUAUCAUAUCUGUUGCAAUGUGGAAUGUGUCAGAUGUCAAUUACAGACUAACUUCGGCAAGACUGUUUAUUUGAGAUAAUAUAAAUGUUACUUAAAAGAUAGGGGCAUAAUAUCUUAUGUUUACGUGUUUAAGAUCUAUUUCUAAAGCUCAGAAGAUGCAGUUUCCUGUCUUUGCCCCAAUCAGAUUCAAGGAAAGUUCUGAAACUCUGUGGUUCAGUAGAAGUUCCAAUGGUGAGGAAACUGGUCUCGUUACUUGUGCGUAAUUCACUGUUUCUAGUUCCUCUGGGAUAAGGGGUUUACAUUGUUUUUUCCUGCCUGUUAUCUGAGAAUCGUCUGAUUGCCUUCCAGUUCAACCCUAGUAAGACUAGACAAGCAUUAAAAACCAAAAUUAGAGCCAAAUACUUACAGGCUGUGAAACUCUUAACAGAAAGUAAAUUAAUUUGGUAGAAUUAAUUUACUGUUUUUAAAAUAUUCCACAGUGAAGAGAAUUUCUUUUGAUUUUGAGACAGCCAAACAGAACUACUUUUUGAAAUUACUAAAUUUUAAAAAGGCAGGAAUUCUGUUGGUUUGGGUUAAAAAGCAUAAAGACUGAGUGCCCUCAACCAUUUAAAAAGCUAAACAAUGUCCAGGCUAAGAAAAAAAUUAUCUCCACACUCGCUUCAUCUGGAGGAGCUGAGAAAAAAACAGAGCACACAGGUGGUAGUGGAUCUUUCUAUGGUUUGUGAGAGUGUUUCUGAGAAGAACAUAAGUAAUAUAACAAAAAAAAUAGGUCUUUGUGAAAUAGGUUAAGUAGAAAAUAAUUUGUCUUAAGCAACAAGUGAACCCAACAAACUCUUAGGAACAAUUAGUCACAGUCAAGGCACAGAAGUAGAGGGGAGCAGAAAUAUUUUGCAUUUAUGAUGCUUUCAUGUAACUGCCUACCCAAAUGUCAAAUAACAAACAUGGUGAGUUUAAUUGUGAAAUUAUCUUCUGUAUUGACCUUGGCUCCAUAUGAAGUCAAAGAUACAGAGAAAAAAUGUCUACAUAGAAAAAACCUAGCAAGGGUAGAACAGUGAGUGAUAUUUCUGUACCCAGAAAGACAGCACUCAACUGGUGUGCUUGGUACUGAGAAAAAAACCCAUCUGGUUUGGGAGGCUGGAAAGUGAUCUGAGUGGGGUACUCUAACCACCUCCCAAAAUGGACCAGGAACCUUCCCUGGAAAAGGAGAUUGCAGCUCUUAAUGAGAAAACAUUUAUCAGAUGUUUUGUGAAGAGAGAAGAGACCAAAAGCAAAACCUUGAGGGUAUGAAAGAGGAGGAGGAUCCUGUGCUUUUUAGGAGAAAGUGGUACCUCUCAAGAGGUUAAGAUGCGAGGCAGGCUCUUACAUACUGGUGUUUCAUGUUCAGUCCGUGUGUGGAUUUCUCUGCUGCUGGCAGUUCAGAAGUUUCCCUUUUGGGAAGCAUCCCCACAAAGUUGUCUCCUUAGUGCCAGUGAAGGAUUAAACCCACUGAAUAGUGUGUGGAAGAGUGUGGCAUUCUCCAGAGGACGCAUAGAAACCACUCAGGACGUUUGGAGAGGCUUCAGCCCUGGUUUGGGAUCUCAACACCUGGACUCAAAACAUGCAUUUUUAGCACUAAGUUCUAAACAAAUCAAUCUGUUUCAAAGUGAUAAGGUCAGUGAAAGACCCUGUGAUAUUUUCUGGACAGCUGACAGAUCACAUUGAGGACGGACAUGCAGGGAGCAAAGCCCUCCUAAGGAAAAAAACAAUAUCCUUUUGGAAAAGCCCACCUUGAGCAGGUAGCAGGUUUGGCUGUGCUGGAAACAUCUUUGCUGUGAGAGUCUGGCAGUUUAAUUCAGCAGAGGAGAGCACAGUGGUGCAGGACUGCAGGCGUGGCUCAGCAGAUGGCAGGAGUCAGCCGAGGGUUGUGAGAACAUCUGACCUUUCAGAUCAAACGUGGAGGAGGAGGUUACUGUAGCUUCAGGACAGAUUUUCCUCUCUCACUUGCCUGUCAGUCCUUUGAAGCAGAGACCUGCUGCUUUUCGAAUGCUUGGAGCCUGCAAGCAGGGUGGAGAAUCCAGUAAGUAAAUAAUAGGAGUCAUAAUUCAGUGCACUGAAGCUGAGGAGCUGUGAAAGACAUGAUCUGUUUUCUUGUGACCUCCACCUCUCGCUGUGACUCUGGGACAUGUUAUUGUGUUUUAUUUUCGCCAGUGGCCAAGUCAAACAAAUAGCUCUGGAACUGGUUAGAACUCCACCCCCCUCCCCAAUUUUUCAGGUUAAGCAUGAAACUUGUCUGUCUUACAUGGAAUUUCUGAACAUAAAUAAACAGACACUUAGAGUAACUCGCCUUGAUAAAUGGGCAAUGUAGGUCGGGGCCUGCUGGAUAUGCAGGCGACUCAAAGAUGAAGCAGAGCUGGGGAAGUAGGCAGGAAUGGCUCUGCUUUUCUUGGCUUCUCAAAUGGUUUUCAGGCUGAAAUCAAAUACUUGAGUGCAUGAGGAAAGCUGGCUUCUGAAGUCAUGAUUUUGCACUGAACCUCACUGUAAGGAUAUCUCUUAUAAAGCUACUUUUGAUGUGGAAAUUUGGCUCCAAACCACACUGAAGGCCAUUAUAAAUAACCACUUCAUCACAGGACACACAGAAGUUGGCUUCCUUGAACACUCCUAGAAAGCAAGCCUAACGUUAUUGAGCUAUAACCUCAGCUAGUGUAAAUCAGAGAAGCUCCAUUGACUUCAUUAGUUUAUACUGAUUUACACCAGCUGUGACUGCGGCCCACAAUUACAGCAAGAUAUGUCAGCUUUUAAAUUCUGUCACUGGGUGUUGAACAAAACUGUUUUUAAAACAAGACUGGCAAUCCCAGAUUUAGAUCCUAAUGAGAUGCAGCACUGUAAUUGCUUCACGAUGCUUAUAUGCUUCAUUUUGUUUUCAUUUUUGCAUUGCUUCUGUUUUUCUCAUCUCCUGCCAAACAGAGGAAGAGUACCACAUAUGUUACUUUCAUAACAAAGAUGUUUUGCUGCACUGAGAACAUGUCCUCCAGAUGCAAAAUGCCUUUGUGUUGUAGCUCAGCUUCUUCCUUUGCAUAGGUACGCUGGUUAUGUGCCAACAUAAGAACGCCCUCGAGGGCAGCCCUGUGUUUCCCCAGGGCCUGGAGCUCUGCAAGGGACACCCAGAGGCUGUCCCAGGGGAACUUCAAAGAUCUGAUUCCCCCUUAGGGAUUUCCAGCUCCUAAGUCAUCAUUUCAGAUGGGCAGGAUGAAUUGUGUCUGAGAGCACCCUGGUAGGACUGCCCUGGGACCAUCAAUACAUCUCCUCUGUCAAAAUCCUGCAGGAUGCUCAGGUAAUUACCCCGACCGAGUAAUCAGUGGGCACCUCUAUGGUGUGGAAGGCUGGGAGGUGCAUACAGAUGGAUUAUUCAGCCAAGGGGAAGACAUUCACGUAACUAGACUGACAGUGAUUAAUAUUGGUUAUUAUUUUAUGACAGCAGCAGCUGUUAAAUUCCAGUGACGGUCAAGGCAGCACUGUGCCUGUUGAGAUGCUUUUGUGCAGGCAGCAGUCUCUGCUCAACAGAGUCAGAAGGGUAAACUGACAGGCAGAGGAAGAGAAAUUCUCGCUCUAAAAUGCAGGAACAAACUGAUUCCCCCAGCUAAGUCCUUUAACUUUCCCUUCCACUAUCUUAAUUCACUGUUCUCCCUAAGGCAGAUAACUCUGGGGUGGACAAUGCACACCACAAAUACUCAACAACCAUGGGGAAGGUCCACAGGUGAACAGAGCAGAGGUAGAGCUGGGGCACAGCAGAGCCUUUAGCCUGUGUAUUUUUCCUUGCUGAAGGUGAAGCUCCUUAUACAACUGAGACUCCGCUACUUUGCCAAGUAAAAUCUGAUCGUGGUGGCUUUGCAGUAUGGGAAUGGAACACUUCUUAUUUCUCCCUGGUUUUCUAAAAUUCGAUAGCAUAACAUGAUUUUGGUUCACUUUUCCCAAGCACUUUUUGUGCUAUGCUAACCUCUUCAAUUCUGUGCACUGUGCUUAAUUAGAUUUUCCUUUUAGGAGAACUGGAAGUAGUGGAUUUUAAACACUUAGUUGUCAUUAAAAAGGUUCCCACAGAGCAGGUAUUCACUGCUAGGUUUAUUUCAUGUGAGAUGAGUCUAAUUACCAAGAACAGUCACAAAGACUUCAAAGGAAGGCAUGAAGAUGCUUCAAUAAGGUGACACGGCAUAAACUGAGCUGUCACACAAAUUCAGGAUGUGUAUUGUACACAUCUCUACUUGGAAUGGUCAGCAAAUUGGUUCAGCAUGUUCUGUUACUGGACCCAGAAACCUAGCAUGGGAGUGAGAUAAGUCUUCCUAACAGGUGAGACCUGAAUGCUGAUCAGAGAUGAGAAUUCAAACAGCAGGAUCAUCUCCCAUAUCUAAGCUUCCUUCCUCUGGGUCUGUGCACAUAUCCUAUCAAAGAGACAGGCUGAAGAGUGUAGGUGGGGGUCUCUAUUAUAAUUUUAAUACAAAUUGCUACUGACUUAGGAGUUACACAUCUGCAGCCUUCCCUUCAGGUAGUUACGAGCAGCAAAAAUCGCUGAAUUUGGUAUAAAUUCCUUUCAACAAGCUUAUGUCUCUACCCAUGAACCUGGAAAAACUAAAGCAGCGCCCUUAAUACAAGAAACUCCCCUGGCAAGCUCUUUGAAAGAGUUACAAACACAGAAAUGUAUAUUAGGAAAAGGGAACUUGUGCUUUCCUGAGACUGUGACCGACAGAAUAUAUCUGCAAUUAAAGAGUUGGCACUAA